AUGGAACACUUUCAACAUACUGCCCACAUCGGAACCCACUCCUUGAGCUACGCAUUGCGAGGUAUUCCUCGGCAGCCUGGCGCUCCGCUAGUGGUGGUUCUUACCGGGAUCAACAGCAGCGCGCUAGAAUGGAGCGCGCUGUGUCGACAUCUCGAGAACGAGGCGACCGUACUGUUGUAUGAGCGGACUGGCUACGGUCACAGCGAAACAUGCCCUACCGCUGAGCCGGACUCAUGUACAAUUGUGGAUGAACUGUCUCGGCUACUUGCUGCCGCAGCACUGCCACCCCCAUAUCUAGUGGUCGGUCAUUCCUGGGGCGGAAUUCUCGCACGGGAGUUUCUUGCCACCCACGGGCCAAAGUUGAUCUGUGGUAUGGUGCUACUGGAUGCUUUGUUGGGCUGGCCCGCGAAUAUCGACUGGACAGAGGUCGAAUGGGCGGAGCUUAUGGCAGAGGAGGCUAGCCUACACUAUAUACAACAGGCCACCCGCGAGCUGCCCUAUCUACAGAUUAGUCGCGCCGUCCUAGCCAAGAAAAAGCAACUCCUCCCUGGGCGAGACCUCCUCCGUGGCCGGCCACUUAGUGACCAGGAGCGGAUGUACCAUCGCGGUGUGGCAGACGGGUUGGGGACUGAAGCCGAGCGAGCAACCUUUCUUCACUACCUGGAGCGCUGGGACGCUAGUGAGGAGGCCUUUCAGCGCGAAUUCUUGAAUCUGUCGAGUAAUGCACAUUUCUCCACCACGACACAAAGUGGCUAUAAUAUUCAGAUCACAGAGCCAGAACGCGUCGCUGAUGAGAUACGCUGGGUCCUACAGAGGGCUGGGAACAGGGCUACGUAG